UACCACUGCAGAAACCGUAAAAUAACCUACCGGAGACAAUUGGUCUGACCAUAAAAAGACUUCACAGUAGCAGAGGGGGGAGAGACCGCGCAAAUUACAGGGCUCCGACAAAAGCACAACCUAACGCCGUCGUUUUGGGGGUUUGCAGAAAAUGGCGGAGGUGAUCUCUCUAAUGGACAUCGACGGCGAGGACGAAAGCAGUCAUUCUCCACAACGCAACAAUAAGGGCAAAAACGUUGUCGUUUCAGCUCCUCCGCCGCACAGCAAAGCCACUCUUUGGGUGGAGAAGUACCGCCCUCAGUCUCUGGACGACGUCGCUGCGCACCGUGAUAUUGUUGAAACCAUUGAUAAAUUAGCAAGUGGGAACAGAUUGCCCCAUUUGCUGCUAUACGGACCACCCGGAACUGGAAAAACAUCAACUGUUUUGGCUCUGGCAAGGAAGCUUUAUGGGAAUCAGUUGCCCAACAUGGUUCUUGAGUUGAAUGCAUCUGAUGAUCGUGGUAUUGAUGUUGUGAGGCAGCAGAUUCAGGACUUUGCUAGCACUCAGAGCAUUUCUUUUGGUGCAAAGCCUGCUGUAAAAAUGAUUCUAUUGGAUGAGGCAGAUGCCAUGACUAAGGAUGCUCAAUUUGCUCUCCGUAGAGUCAUUGAGAGAUACACAAAAAGCACUAGAUUCGCCUUAAUUUGCAACAAUGUCAACAAGGUCAUUCCAGCAUUACAAUCGAGAUGUACACGGUUUCGGUUUGCUCCUCUAGAUGCUGUUCACGUUUCAGAGAGGCUUAAAUAUGUAAUUAGCGCCGAAGGGCUUGAUGUUCCUGAAAGUGGUUUGAAAGCGCUCGUGCGGCUUAGUAAUGGCGACAUGAGAAAGGCCUUGAAUAUCUUACAGUCGACGCAUAUGGCUUGUGAGCAGAUCACAGAAGAAGCUGUGUACUUGUGCACAGGGAAUCCUUUGCCUAAAGACAUUGAGCAGAUCUCCCAUUGGCUCCUGAACGAGCCCUUCACUACUGCCUGCAAAAGGAUCUCCGAAAUCAAAACUAGAAAAGGUUUGGCUCUGGUUGAUAUUGUGAGAGAAGUAACCAUGUUUGUUUUUAAGAUUAUGAUGCCUCCAGAAGUUCGCGUUCAGCUCAUUAACGAAAUGGCCGAUAUCGAAUACAGAUUGAGUUUAGCAUGCAAUGACAGGUUGCAGCUCGGUUCACUAGUCGCUGCUUUUACGGUGGCCAGAGCUGCGAUAGUUGCUGCUGUCAAAUGACGUGUUUUUGACACAUGUCCUUCAUUGAUUGGCUGCUGCAAAGUCAAUUAUAUGGUCAAACUCAGUAGAGAUUAUCGCUUUGUUACUUAAUCCUCUCUCUCUCUCUCAACUUAAGGUGAUCUUUUGUACUUGAAAGAGGUAACUUGUCUUAGUUCGUGCAAAUUUACUAGUAACAUUAAAUUUAAUUUUG